CCACCGCCCCCGCGCAGCGCGCGCAGCGGCCGCGUACUACUGUGCUGCUGAUGUUUGGCUGAUGCCCUCCUCUCGCGAUGUGCCUUUGGAAUUGUACUUGACUUCACCCAACGGCCAGCAGAAGCUUGGAGGUCUCUACCGCUUGCUGGAGGGAAAGGUGUCGAAAGGCCUGCCGAUCUGGAAACGUACUGGCGAGGGUCAAGAAGCAUGGAUUUACAGUGGUCCCAACGGACGGUGGUACGUCAGCAACAACAAGGUGGUGGAAGAGAAGAAUUUCCAGUGUGGCCGGGGGCUCAUCAGCUCUGAGGAGCAUCGAAAUUUGCUGCCAAUUUUGUUGGAGGAAGAUAGCUGGCAGUACAAGGACCAAUAUGGAUGGAACAAAGAUCUUCAGAUCAGCUUUUCCAUCUACUCUCCUCCCGCGCCGGAGCGGCUCUUCGUCUCUUCGCCGAAUGCCUUUCAGAAGCUCUCGGGUGAGUACAGACUGAGCCAACAACAUGCGAAUGGGCAUCCUAUAUGGCAGCGUGCCGGCUGGGGAGAAGAAGCGUAUCUCUACAGCGGCCGCAGCGGCAAAUGGUACGUCGUUUGCAAGAACGUCGUGGUCGAGAGGCACUUCCACUGCAGCUUGGGUGGCCUGGUGUCCUCCGUUCCACACGCAGGUGUGCCUCCGGAUGCCUUUGUCGGAUCACACCGAGGAUGGGGUGUCAGAACGAAGGAUGGCUGGGAGCAGGAUGAGGACAUCAGCAUUGGCACCCAGCCCUUCGAGACACCCCAGAGCACUUUGUGGGUGGUCUCGUCAGGGCAGAAGGCCACCGGCCGCUUUGACCUCCUCGAAGGUCAACAGGCCAACGGCUUCCCACUUUGGCGACGUGCUGGCCGCGGUGCAGCGAUGUGGCUCUACAGUGGCAAUAAGGGAAAGUGGUGCAUCGGUGACCACACGGUGGCCGAGUUGUACAAGUUUCGAUGCAGCCAGGGCUUCAUGGUUUCGGCGGCGCCUCAUGUGGGAGAGCCUCCCGAGCACGAGAACACGACGUGGACGUUUCAGGAGGAUGGGUCUUCAUCCUCUUCAUCCUCAACGGUCGUGUCCACCGCCACUCCACCAGUUCCAGAUGUGAUUUACCUCAUGUCUCCAAAUGGACAGCAGAGAAAGGCCGGGAUCUACCAGCUGGUGCGGGAGAUCUUCGCCAAUGGCUAUCCGGUUUGGAAGAGCUUUCAAGAUGGCCAGCGACUUCUUUACACUGGCAGCAACGGCUGCUGGUACUUCGGAGGCCUCGCGACCCGAGGUUUUCGGGACCUGAGGCAUGCAGACCUCCGCCCUUUCGAGGUUUUUUGGUUCGGACCUCAUGGAAACGGGGUUCGGGAACGGUGACGAUAGGUCGCAAGGACCAGGUUUGACUUGGCCCGACCGGAAUUGUAGGGAAAAAGCCAAAAGGGAUCGGAAGAGUCAAAGAGCCCAGUUUUUUU